UUCCCGGAAGGGUCGAAUGUGAAAAAAGUGGAGUUUUAUUUCUUCGAAAGUUACAUCCUGUUCUUUCUUUAUUUAAUAUGGAGUUCGUGGAGAUCUGACAUGCAGUUUGUUCCAUUUUUCGGACGAGUUACAUCAGCGCUUAUUAAGGACUAGUGUAAUUGUUUACAGUCGAACAGAUAAAGGACAUUUCCAUGGAGAACUUUCCCCCGUCACCUUUGGUCAAGCUAGAAAACAGAGCAAACACUCCUCCAUCCAUAAUGCCCGGAAGGCAAGUCAACAUUCCUCUCAGUGUGCAUCACUCCCCCCCUAAACAGCUUCCCUUGCACAGCCCUCCCAUACAGGAAGACCUUUGGCAUCUACCUGGACAGCUGCGAAUAAACCCAUCCCUGUGGGACAAGGAGGACGUUGGCCACUGGCUCCAUUGGGCUCAGAGGGAGUACUCACUGCGGAGGCCUGAGAAGGGACGCUUUGAGAUGAACGGUCGUGCCCUCUGCCUGCUCACCAAGGAGGACUUCAGACGCCGCUGCCCCAGCUCAGGUGAUGUUCUGUACGAGAUUCUACAGUAUGUAAAACAGCAAAGGAGGAGUGUUGUCAGUGACCGCCAAAAUUCAUCUCCUUCCCCGGCAACUGGACGCAACCAGAGCCCAGUCAGCUGCCUGAUACCAUCGCAGAUUGUCCAAGAGCACCGGCCUCCCACAGUCAGCCAAGUUUCGGCAGCUGCUGUACCAACUGUGAUCCGCCAGCCACCCUUGAUCGUUUACACACACCCUGCUCCACUCACAUCUACCAAUGGAUCAGCAGCUGUCUCUGCAUUGCCCCCCAACCAAGUUCAGAGUCCUGUCCCAUUAGAGACUGCCAAGGAGCCGCUCAAUCUGUCCAGUCGGGAGAAGCAAAGGAGCUCAGUGUACCCCGCCAAUGGCCGCAUCCCAGAGUGCAGACUGCUGUGGGACUAUGUGUAUAAGCUGCUGUGUGAUGACCGAUACCAAGAAUACAUCCGAUGGGAAGACCACGACAGCCUUGUGUUUAGGGUGGUUGAUCCCAAUGGACUGGCUCGUCUCUGGGGAAACCACAAGAACCGAGACAAUAUGACCUAUGAGAAAAUGUCCAGAGCUUUGCGGCACUACUACAAGCUCAACAUCAUCAAAAAGGAGCGGGGACAAAAACUUCUCUUCAGGUUUCUGAAACUCCCACAUGACACAAAGAAACUACAAGUUGACCCAGUUGAGUCCCCUGAAAGCACUUCACCUCAGGAGACAGCAGACAGCAGUCCUACGCAAGAGUUCAGUGAGGACCAUUUUGAAGUUUCACCUGAUCGUGCUUCUCCGCAGCAUCCUCCAUAGAAAAUGAACCAUGGAUUAAAUGUCCUAAAUACAAUACAAAAACACAGUGGUUACAUAAUGCAAUGGACACUUGUGUUCCGAAAACAACCUUUGCAUCUACAAGUUUAACAAAAUGCACUGUUAGGUGUAUUUAUAGAGGAGUUUUUUAACUAUGAUAUUGCUUUCUAUUUUUCUGUGAAUCAAUGUACAUAACUGUGAUCAAUACGGACACUAAUUGAAAAGGAAAACUGUGAAAUAAAUCACUUCAAUAUUC